CAGAACAUAAAUAAUGCUUAGCCUGAGUAGCUUGAAUUGAGGUCUGUUCUAACUACUAUCCCGAGAUGCCAGAAAGAAUCUCAGACAGUGAGCUGAGGUUAAGGUUGGAGGAACACAACUACAGUGUUCCUCCGAUCACAGAUACCACCAGGAGUGUUCUUGUCAAGAAACUCCGUCAGUUAGAUCAACAGAGUAAACAAAAAUCAUUUCCUGUCUCAGGUAUAGAUUACAGCUCAGCUGAGGAGGAUUUUACUCCGCCUGCCUCUUCAACUAAGAAGAAUUCCAGAGUAUCCAGAACUAGAACUAGUAAUGGAGGAAGUAUCACUAAGAACGGAUACCGUGGAACCCCCUCCAACUAUCCUUCCUCUGACCCGAGACACGCUAGGAACGGAGGAACUCGGAGCUUGAUGCAUCAGAGCGAGGACGACGAAGACGAUAGUGAAGAUGUUGAAGCUGAAGAAGAUAGUGAUGAGAAGUGUGAGGAAUAUGACGAGGAUGAUAUAUCCCGAGCUGAUUUAGGAGUACAAACUAGUUUUACUACUCCAGACUCUGAGAGCAGGUACAGAAAAACAGGAUCUUUAGACUCGGAGAACAGAUAUCGAGGAAUGGGUACCCCAGAUUCAGAAACCAGGUUUCGCGGCAGGAAUCAACAGGAAUCUGAGAAUAGAUUUAGAGGUAAAAGCGUUACAAGUUCAGGUUUACCAUCACCCUCUCCAACCUACUCGCUCCAGUCCCAACAACUUCGGAAGAAUCUGGAUCAAUUUGGAUCCCUGAACGAAGCUCUCCGUACUCUGCCGACCAACAAAUCUAAUUCGAAUCAUACUCCUGUCACGAGAUCUCAACCUUCUCCACCUUCUAGUAAUCCGCUCACACAGGUCUCCCGUCCUCCCCGCUUACGGUUCAACAGGAGAGAAAACACUGGGAACUCGAUGCUGAUAUCAUCCCUCAUCAUUUUCUCGGCAAUCUUGUUCUUUGCUUUUCUAUGUUAUCAAUAUAUGAAUCUAAGCUCUACACAGCCUCAGCAGAACAUCCCGCUCUGUGUUGGCAUUGAGGACGAGAACUCGAAAGGUUGUAUUCCCGGAAACCAGCUCCCAGGCACCCUAGAACUUCUUAAAAAGGUUCUCAAGAUCCUAAAGGAUGACUCAUCCACUCCAUAUCAUCCAUUCCUUGAGUUGAAGGAACAGCUGAGAGGGGAUCAAGGCAAACCUGAAUAUGAAAAUUAUUGGAACAACAUCAUUAUUCUGAUCAAAGAAAACCCCAGCUGGGGAAUUCAACCGGUGUACCAGGAAGACAAGAUUACUCAUCUAGCAGUGUCCGACAACUCAUUUGGAAUUUUUCUCUGGGUCAAAUACUUCAUUUACGCAAUCCUUGGACUCCUGUUCCAGGCUACAAACUAUAUCUUGAUCCUUAUCAGUGCUGUACUAACUCUGUGGCUGAUGUUCAAUGGAUGGAAAACGUACAAGGCAAGACAAGAAAAGAAGAGGCAGGAUAUGUUUAUUAUGGUGGACAAGGUUCUGUCCAUGCUCCGCGACAAUCAUCUUAACAGAGAAGAACAUGGUCCUUCGUAUCUUGCCAUUGAUCAUAUCCGAGACCAACUGAUCCCUCCGCAGGAAAGAGAGAAUAUGUCAGAAACCUGGAAGAAUGCUCUCCAGUAUCUGAAUAAACACGAGAGCAGGGUUAGGGAGGAGAUCCAGCAUAUUCAGGGAGAAGAAUUUCGUGUAUGGCAGUGGUUACCUGAUAUUCCGACCAGUCCUAGUCCUAUCAAACCUGGACAACGAGCUUUUGGUCCUUAUUCUCCAGGUCUAGCAGGUUCUCCAAGUACCACUGGAGCUCAAUCUAGAGACGGAAGAGAGAUCCUGAACAAAUCUAAUCCUUGGCCAUAUGUUCCCACCACCUCUCCGAGAUCUCCUGAAUGGCAGGGAUCUGCCUUUAACCUAAACCGAAAUGUCUCCGCCCCUACCGAUCCUCCAACCUCCUGUCUCAAGAUCAGAUACAUGUUUGAUCCUCUCAACUUGGAGCAUAACUGGAUCUCCGAUCUCCACACCGACAUCCUGACUAAGUGCUCCGGGGCUCGAAUUCUCCAUAUUGCCGUGGAUCGAGAGAGUCGCGAGGGUGUAGUGUAUAUAAAGACGAUGAGUACAGAUGAUGCUGGGAUCGUGUUCAACUGUCUCCAUGGGCAGUGGUAUAAGAAGCAGUUGGUUACAGUCAAGUAUCUCCGGAGAGACAGAUACCAUCAGAGGUUCCCGGAUUCCGCAAAAGCGGAGACACCCCUCACCGUCAAAUAAUUUUUUCCAAUCCCAGUUCGGCAAAAAAUACGUUGUAGUUAUUUCCCCAAUAAGAGGAUAUUUAAAAAAAUAUUUAAAUAUUUUAAUGAACAUUGUUUCUACUUUUACUCUGAAAAAUUAAUCAUUUUAGUAACAAAACAUUCACUGAAUUUUAUUUCUUUAAAUUAUUGUUAAACUUGGAUUAUUACAUUAUUAAGCAUUGUAACAUCUUUUAUAACAGUUUCUGCCGUUGUAGAUUGUGUAAAUACUGCCUUGGUAAAGAUUAAUGCCAACUAUUUAUGUAUAUUUCCCUUGGUUGUGAUAUACAAUACUAAUAUUUUAUAACAUGGACCAAGAUGUAUUCGGAAAGUUAUAAAAUUAAUGUUGACAAACAAUUGAACCUGAUGAAUGUGAUUUUAUUAAAUACCUGAUUUUCUACUAGUUGACAUGGAUUUUAUUAAACAUUAUUAUGUAAGGAAAAUUCUUUAAUAAAAAUUGAUAAUUAAA